GACAACUGGGAGGAAAAGGGGGUCUCCUAAGAGUGUUGUGUUUUCUUGCAUCUUCAAAAGACGACUGAAACUGAGUAGCUGUUUAAAUUCUACAGGAAAAGAGAAUAGGAAAGGAAAAGUUGACUUUCUCAACUGCUUCAUAGCAUUGGGACCUGUGGGAUUUAAGAAUAUCUCUCCUAAGAAAAUUUGCUGCUUCUACAGCCUUCCAUCUUAGUGUGCAAUUGAUGAUUUCACUUGAAAUACUUAUCUGAAGAAACUAACAGUAGGCAAGGUAUAAUUGCUUUUUAAAAAUGUUAAAAGUUCAGCAGUGUGUAACAGCUGACAGGAUACCCAAGAAAAAGCCAUAUAUUUGUGACAUUUGCUGUAAACAGUUUGAAACUCCAUCAAAAUUAGCUAGGCAUUAUCUGAUACAUACUGGUCAAAAGCCAUUUGAAUGUCACGUAUGCCAUAAAACAUUUAGGCAGCUAGUCCACCUGGAGAGGCAUCAGUUAACCCAUAACCUACCUUUUAAGUGUAUUGUUUGUCAUAAAAACUUCAAAAACUUAAUCACUUUCUUAAAGCAUCAGCAGCUUCAUAAUGAAAAUUACCAGAAUGAUACCAAGCAAGCAGAAAACUCUGUGAAUUUUGAGCAAGACAAGGUCACUUAUGGCAUAUUUCGAUGUUCUAUGUGCUGGAAAUCUUUUACAACUGAAGAGAGGUGGAUGCUGCAUCAGUGCCUGAAGGCAGAUCAUCUACAUGGUGCCAGAAGGAGAAAGAAAACUCACGCUUGUGAAUCAUGUAACAAGACAUUUCCAUCAAGAUCUAAGCUAGAAAGACACUUCCUUAUUCACACUGGCCAGAAACCUUUUAAGUGUUCUUCAUGCGGUAAAUCUUUCAGACAGUCAACACACUUGAAAAUCCAUCAGCUCACACACACAGAAGAAAGGCCUUUUCAGUGCUGCUUUUGUCAGAAGGGGUUUAAAAUACAGAGCAAACUCAUGAAGCACAAACAGCUCCAUGCCAGAAAUAAGACUUUCCCCAAUAUUUUAUACAAAGCAAAGACUCUUAAAUACCCCAGACCACAGAACCUGUUGGAAGGAAAGAGGGAUAGUUUUGAGAAUGCUGACACUUACGAAUCGCAGGAUGUGCACUCGAUUUAUAUUGUACCCUUUCAGUGCCCAGCAUGCGAGCAGUGUUUUGAAACGGAGCAGGUUCUAAAUUUGCACAAAUGUUGUUAUCUGAGAGAUGGCAAAAGUUCAAAUAAUGGUACAACAGCAUGCAGCCACACAGUCAGCAUGAAAAAUAAGAUCCUGAUGAAGCUGAAGCGUACUGGAGGAAAGGCAACAGAUUUUUCUCAGACUGACAGAAAAAAAAAAAAAUCAGGUCACUUUAAAAGUCCUGACCUGGUUGCAGCUAGAGAUCAGCGUUCUAAUCGGUAUGCUUCCACUAAACCUUUCAAGAAUUGCCAUGGCAAGCUUGACAUGCACAAGGCACUUAGUAAUCGGAUGAAAAGAACAUUUGCUGUGCCAUUACCUUGGCAAGAGCACCCACAACCUCAUGACUUUGGAAUUAAUUUAAAAGGAAUGCUUACUGGUGAAAGCAUGUUAAACAUCGAUGAUUCACUGCAUAAUAAAGAUGACGCUUUUUAUAGUUCAUCAGAUGAUGGUUUCUUUGAUAACCCAGAAGUACUUCACUGUGCUUUUUCAGCUUCUGCUAAAAAUAUACAUAACAGACACAAAGUGUGUAAAUGUGACAGAUGUGAAAAAAUCUUUCCGUCUUCAUCCAAACUUCAAAGACACUAUCUUAUACACACGGGACAGAAGCCCUUUGGCUGUAAUGUUUGUGGGAAGACGUUUAGACAGUCAGCUCACUUAAAAAGACAUCAGCUCACCCAUACUGAAAAGAGACCCUAUAAAAGCCCCGUUUGCCAGGUAGAAUUUGAAAACGUGAACAAACUUUUCAAUUAUCAGGGAGAUCGCAUUGAAUUUAAGUCUUCUCAGCCUGUGGGUUAUUUGGGUUAUUCUCAAACACCUUCACAGGCAUCUGGCUUUCAAGAAUUUGAGCUGAUUCAGUCAAACCAAGCAGCCGAAAUCAAAGUUGAAAUCGAGUCAGGGGACUUUCUUCUUGACACCAGCAGUAGAAACACACAGCCGUAUUUGCGUAGUAAAUUGCUGGAAACAGAGCAAAGCUGUUACAGCUAUUGGCAUGAUUUUUCUGAAGCUACUGAAAAAAGUGAAGUUGUUAACAAAUUGUAUCAAUGCAGUAUCUGCUUUAAAACCUUUAAAUCGCCUUCUAAGCUUGAAAGACAUUACCUAAUGCAUGCUGGACAGAAGCCAUUUGAAUGUUUAGUUUGUGGUAAAAAUUUCAGACAGGCCCCACAUUUGAAAAGACAUCACCUUAUUCACUUUAAAGAGAGCUUAAAGCUGAGUUCCACUGACCAACAACCAGAGAACAUACUGUUUUUAUCAAAACUGGAUAAUGCCCUAUGAAAUUAUAUAUUAAAAUCUUCGGUUGCUUAAUUAUUAAAAGGCUUAUGUUAGACCAAACUAUUGGCUGAAGGGGAUUAUCUUUUUUUGUUAUGGAGAUGAUCUGGUGAAGAGUUAAUUUACUGUCUUCAGAACUGUCUGCUUGAUAUAAUUUGUGACAAA